AUGUCACUGGAAGCCACCUGGGACUUGGCGGCAUCGUCACAGCCCCGAUCUUUUUGUGUGUACACUCCGCCUGACGAUACCGCUGCGUCGAUCUAUGGCGGCAGCAAGGCCGCGACGAAUCCGUUUGAAGUGGCGGCGUCUCAUCCUUCCGAAGAGCAAACAGCACAAGCCAUUGUGGUGGGCACGGAACGAGGAUCACUGCAUUACCGAACGUAUGCUCCUGCUCCUCUUGUGGGAUUGACCAAGGGAGCGAAACAGCAGCAGCAGCAACAACAACAACAAGCGCAGCAGCAACGCCGUGGCCAGCAUGGACCUCAUAAAGUCCAAGUCGCAUUGGGAAUGAACCAAAAUAUGCCACAGUUGCCAAGAACCUAUUAUCCAGUUGAUUUUUCGGGAUUAGCAGGGGGUGUCGUGGCGGUAGUAGGUGUACCGCCGUAUCUAUUCUUGGUUUUGAUUGACGAUCAUCGAGGCAACAGUGCGGCUCAUCCAGGAGCAUUUGGUGCGCAUUGGAUGACACUCUCGCAAGGGCGAUUUGGAGUUUGGCAACCACCCACCAACUCCAACAUGAAAUUCCCAUUGCCACGCAUGUCCUGUGCGGUGCACCAUCCCCAUUGUGGCAUUGUGUACGCGGCUGGACGGCAGCUGGGACAAGUGGCGGUCCCGGACUUGUCGUCGAAUUCGUCAAACGCGUCUCGCUCGCGGCCUCCUCGCACUCCAACUACUACUGGCAGUAGCAACAAUUUUCGAAUCCGAUUUGCGCAUGUCACAUUGCCGGCUCCGGGAGCGCGAUCCGGACCCGAUGCCAUGGCAAUUAGUGGAAAUGGCAGCGUCGUCGUGGUGGCCGUGGGAAACGUUUUUGUCGCCGUGGCGGGGAGUCGUCGGACCACUGCGGGGUUCAUGGAAGAAGAUGGCGGAGCCUUCUCCACGGCUGCUGCCGCCGGAAAUGCUCCUGGGAAUAUCAGCACCACCAAAUUGAUAUCCUUUGCACAAUCCUCACAGGUACAUCCAGUCUUGUGUUUGGAUGUCAGGGAUCCUUCCAUGCAGGAUCCCGAUUGGUCUUGUUGGUUUCUCGCCAGCAGUCGAACCUGCUCCGUGGUGGAUUUCUACAAUGGACCUCCACCUCGACUCUCCUCGAGUAGCCCUCGGGGAGAUGUUGUCACCCUCGCUAGUCCCAUCUUGGCGGCCGCCUCUUCAUGGCCUUGGCUGGUUGUAUUGACCAGCGAUGGCUUGCUGAGUGUUCGAUCACCGUCCUGUCUGGCAAUUGCCUUGAGGACCGUGGAGGUAGGAACGCGACCCAACGAUUACUUUUCUCUGCGGACACUGCAGGUGGAUGCCCAAAAAACUUGGAUUGUGGCCAUCUCCUACGCUGGACAAGCCAAGGUUUUGCAUUGUCAGCCGGAUUCGGCACAAGAUUUGGCCGAUCGGUUCAUGCGAUUGGCGAUUGAUGCGCUUGGAGCCAAUGGGUUUCCACGGGCGGCAUUGGCAGAAGCGGUUCAUGCCUCGUUUACGGCUACCAGUUAUGUGGGACCAGAACCAACCCCGCAUUCGCGCUACUUGUUCAAACACUAUCUGGAGGCCAUCUUGGGAUUGAUGGAUUUGGAAUCUGGAGCAACCACAAGUUGGCCUACGCAACAAUCGUCGGCUCCGGGUGGUAACAAUAGUGGUACGGCCAGAACCGGCAACAACCGAGCGGGGGAAGCUGCGCAGCAUCAAGGUGCGUUUGGAGAAGCUCAUCCUUCUGCAACCGCAUCUACGCAACAAAUUAGUACUGCAUCCCGUCGUUGGCAAGGACGAUUGCCCGCGGUUGUGUCGGCGUCGUCUCCACCGUCCCUCUUGACUGGGACAGCACUCUUGUGCUUGGUAUGUGCGUACAUGCAACCACCUCAAGCAUCAUUGGCCAAUCGAGCGGCAAAGGCGUGCGCAAGCCAGUUGGGGAUGAUUGUAGCACCGCAUCAGCUGGAAUCCGAUGGAGCUGUCCAGGUGUGCGAUAGUGUGGCGGAGACCUUGCUUCAGGAAAGUCUCCACAUGGGAGAGUUUUCGCUCCGCGCUUCUCCGAAACCUAUUGUAUCAUCUUCGUCGGCGGCGGCACGAGGAGCUGUUCCCAUGGAGUUUGUCGAGGCUUCUGUUUGGUUGUUGCGCUCUUGUGGAAAGCACGAGCGAGCCAUGCAGAUUUUAUAUGAACGCAUGCAACAUCAACAGCAAUCUUCCAGCGGCAGUAGUUCCAGUCAGCUAGGUUGGUCCCAAAUCAAAUAUGAUUCCUACACGGCAACGCACUUGAGCGAGCUUUGGGGAUCUGGUCGCGACGAAGGCUGCAAGCUUGUCUUACAGUCAGCAGCCACUCGUCGUUUGUUGGAGCACAACCCUCGUCUCGGCUUGAGCGCCUUUACAGCCUUGCAUCCACAAAACCCGGCACAAUGGAAAGCCCUCAAUGCCAAUGAUGAUCCUUUGGCACACCCGACCUAUCCAAGGCAAGUCUUGCAGCUUCUACAAUCCAUACAACCAGUGAUUCCCUACGGCUCCGCUAGAAAAGAUCGGCUGGUGUCGACAAACCCUUCGUUAUUGUCCGAUGGGGAUGUGACUCCCAAAUCGACACUGGACGAAGAUGAUGGAGGUGAUGUAGGGCUGACAAUCUUGCCACUGGAAUCGGGCCGUGCUCUAGCUGUGACAUUCUUGGAGUCUGCACUCGGCAUUGCGACUGGCCGGCCUUCAGAGGAGGACGAAUUUGAUUCUCUGCCCAUGGAGGAUGGAUUCGUCGAACGGGUGGCUGAUUUUCACGACGAAUUGGCGUUCUUGCUUCUGGAAGGAGUGAUUGCCGAACGAGGUGAUGGCAAUGACCCAGCCGAUAGCAAGACCAACGACGACGAUGACAAUGCUAUGGGUCGCAUCUUCCGACGAAAGUUGCGGCGUCUGUUGCGAUGGCCGCUGUGCAAAGUUCGGUCUGACCGCUUCUUGUCUGCACUGCCUCCCUCCUUCCUACAGGAGCGAGCCUUUGUCCUGGGCAACGUCGGCCGGCACAAGGAUGCUUUGACAAUCUUGUUUCGGGACUUGAAACGCAUGGAUCUAGCACUCGAAUAUUGUGAUGUUCGUCAUGAGCAGAUCCAGGCCAAAAGAGAACGCGAGAAGGCUCGUCGGCAGCAACAAGGUGGAGGUUUCUUUGACGAUUUGGUGAUCUCGGAGCAAGAGCAACGGUAUCUGGAGCCAGGCGCUACCACAGAUUGUGCUUACGUUCCGUUGGUGCAAGUGGCACUAGAAUCAUCCGAGACACCUGAGAAAGGCACGGCUUCCGCCAUUCAAAUUUUGGCGCUUCGUCGAAGCGUGAUGGACUGGGGAGCAGCGUUGCGACUUCUGCCCAAGGACGUACCCGUGUCAGCCGUUGCUCGACCAUUUCUGAUCCCUGCUCUGGUGGAAAGCGAAUCGCAAGUUCGCCGGUUGUCAGUGGUCUCGUCGUUGCUUCGAUCUCGCUACAUGUCUCUCAAGCAGCAGCUGACGGGAGCACAACUCAAAGCGCAGGAAAACCUUCAUGUUGUGCCCCAACUCAAGAACCUCAGACUUGGCAACCCCCUGCAUUCCACCAAGCCCCUAGCUGCCCGACCAUCUUCAUCGGCUUCUCCCACUUUCCCUGACGUGAUGAUUAUCAAACACUUCUUCCCUCGUCAUCUGGUUAUCCAAGCAAAAGUGAAACACACUCUGGAAGGCCGAUCAUUGGGUGAUGUCACCUUUGUUGUGGCAGAAUCGUCAGAGGAAGCCAUCCAACCGUCCUUGCAGGUACCUCUCAAGGUUUUGCCAUAUGACGUGCAAGGAAGCACUUGGUGCGUUUUGAGUGCUUCCCCACAACGAAUGGAUAGCCUCGCAAUACUUACGUGCGAGCUACGCUACACUGUAUUGGAUGCCGAGGGAACUUCUGGAUUUGCCACGGUGGAAUCAGUUAGUAGUGGUGGCGGAAGAACCUAUGUGGAGGAACUCCAAGAUUUGGAGGUAUACGCAACCCAUUUCCAAUGA